AUGAGAUUGCACAACUUGAAUAGAAUGAUUAGAGAAAGUGACACUUUGUGUAGGAACUAUCUUCGUAUAAAUCGAUACACAUUUGGUGUACUUUUAGAGAUGGUUAGAGAUAUUGGUGGAUUAAAUGAAACAAGAAACACAUGUUUGGAAGAGAUGGUUGCGGGUUUCUUGUACACAUUAGCUCACCAUAAGAAAAAUAGAAUGAUGGGUGCACAUUUUUAUAGAAGUGGAGAAACUAUUAGUAAACAAUUUCAUGCUUGUUUGUUAGCAAUCUUAAAGUUACAUGCUAUUCUUCUUAAGAAACCAACACCAAUACAAGAGGAUUGCAACGAUGAAAGAUGGAAAUAUAUCAAGAACUCAUUAGGUGCCCUUGAUGGUACAAUGAUUCUAGUGAAUGUUCCUUGUGAUGAUCGAUCCAAAUAUCGGACUAGAAAAGGUACCCUUGCUAUGAAUGUAUUAGGAGUAUGUUCACCCGAGAUGGAAUUUAUAUAUGUCUUACCUGGUUGGGAGGGGUCGGCACACGAUGGUCGGAUUCUUCGAGAUGUUAUUUCUAGGCCUAAUGGGUUGAAAGUUCCAAAAGGUAAUUUGAUUGACGGAAGAUGGGGGAUUCUUAGAAGUCCUUCUUGGUUUAGUUUACAAACACAUGGUCGAAUUGUACUUGCUUGUGCUUUAUUACAUAAUUUGGUAAAGAGAUACAUGCUUGCAGAAUUUGAUGAUGAGGACUUGUUUGAGGAAAAUGAUAGUGAUUAUAAUGAUGGUGAUGAUAAUGAUGGUGAUGAUAAUGAGGAAGAUGAUGUGGAGUACAUAACCUCCGUUGCUGUAACCGAUCCAUGGACGAAUUUUCGAAAUAGAAUGGCCCAAUAUAUACUUAGGAUGGAUGAAAGUAGUGCUAGUGGAGGUGGAAGGGGAAAAAACAAACGAUUUUGGACUGCCCAAGAAGAUAAGGCUCUAGUGGAAGCAUUGUCAGAGUUAGCUGUUGAUCCUCACUGGAGGUGUGAAAAUGGAUUUAGAAGCGGCUACAUGGUUCGCUUAGAGGAGCUCAUAGGUAAGGCUCUUCCUGGUUGUGGUUUGAAGGCUCUGCCACACAUUGAUUCUCGACUUAAGACACUUGUAGCCAAGUUUAGGGCUAUUUCUCAAAUGUUAAAUACAAGUGGAUUUGUCUGGGAUGAUGAAAAAAAAAUAAUUUCUAAUCAUCCGAAUUGCAAAAACUUGUUUGGAGUUUCAUUUCCGCACUUUCAUGAACUCAUGAAUGUUUACGGCAAGGAUUAUGCUAUUGGAAAACCAGCUGAAGAUUAUGUUGAAGCAAUCAAAAAUUUGCAAAAUGUUGCCCCUCCACAAGUUACACUUGAUUCAAGUGAUGAUGAGGGAAUUGAUGCUAGUGGUAAUGCCACUCAAACUGUUACUUCUCCUCCUGCCAAAAGGAUGAAGACUGAAAAAACUUCUAAAAGAAGUAAGAGAGGAAAUGCUGGUGAAGGUAGUUCUAAUGAGUUGGCUAGCUUACAAGCAUUCAUGAAAGACAUGAAUGUUCAUCUUUCAACUAUGGCAAAUGUGAUGGCUCGCACUGAUGAUCGUGAGCAAAAAAUAGUUGAACAGACUGAGAAAGUGUUAGAGGAACUACUCUCUUUUAAUUUAGAAGGUGUAACUCCUAACCAAGUUUUUGAAGUUGCUAACAUUCUAACCUCACAACCAAACAAGCUCCUCAUAUUUUCAAAGUGUCCCGACGCUUUGAAAAGUGCUUAUGUUAAGAGUCUUCUUGGAGGAAAUAGUAAUGCUUAG